UAUACAUCUCUGUUCCAUAGUAAAAAUGUUUUGAUCAGUAUCAAACACUCUUCAUUCAAAUUCCAAUUCUCUUCAACAUUUAAAUAUCAAAGAUGUCUUCCCAAAUCAAGAAUAUCCUCAUAAUCGGCGCAGGAGGGAAACUCGGUCCCGUUAUCCUGUCUACUUUCGCCAAAGACCCCCAUUUCAUCACUACAAUCUUGUCUCGAGAUUCUUCUACUUCGACCUUUCCUGCUGGUACCAAGGUCGUCAAGAUCGCAGACGACUAUCCUGAGCCUGAGCUCUUGAAGGCUUUCAAGGGCCAGGACGCCAUUAUUUCUACCAUUGCGACCGCUUCGGCAAAACAGCAGGAAGUAUUCAUCGAUGUCGCUAUCAAGGCUGGUGUGAAGCGUUUCGUACCUUCGGAUUUUGGGAGCGAUGUUAGGAAUGAGAAGGCUAGGGCUCUCUUGCCUUCGUUUCUUCAAGGGAAGUUUGACACCGUCGAGUAUUUGAAGGGGAAGGAGGGGCAAGGACUUACUUGGACUUCGUUUGUGACUGGGCCGUUCUUUGACCUGGCAAUGAAGUUCGGAUACCUAGGGAUCGACAUCAACGGCCACAAAGUCACACUUUAUGACAACGGUACGACCACCUGGUCCACCACAACACUAGCCACAAUCGGGCUUGCCGUCAAGAACGCAAUGCUGGCCCCGGAGCAAACAGCCAACAAAUACAUGUUCAUCGACUCCUUCACCGUGACACAGAAAGACGUCUUCGCCGCUUUCGAGAAAGCCACUGGCAAGAAGUGGGAAGUGACAUGCGCGGACCUCGCGAUCGAUAAGAAGGAGGGUUUGGAGAAGAUGGCUAAAGGUGAUUUCACUGGUGCUGGGCAAUUGAUUCGUUAUAUCAACCUUGUUGGGGGACAUGGUGGGAAUUAUAUGGAGUAUGAGGGUGGUGAUAAUGAGUUGCUUUCUUUGCCUAAGGAGAGCUUGGAUGAGGUUGUUGCUAGAUUUGUUUGAAGCGAGCAACGGGAUGAAAGAUACCAUAGGUAUGCGACACUUGUCCACAACAUCUAGAAACAGCUUUUAGUGUUUAUGCAUUACUCCCCUC